AUGACAGAUUUUGCAGAUCAAGUUGCACAGCUUUGCUUAGAAAAAUAUAUGAAACUUGGUAAAACUGGUAAACCAUCAGAGAAAGAGUGGACUGUAUUGUCUGGUAUAGCAUUAAAGAAGAACAAUGGUUCACUGUCUUUAGUAGCUCUUGCCACAGGAACAAAAUGCUUAGGAGAAAUAGAUUUAAUAAAUACCGAGUUAUACGAAGAAGGUUGCAGAUUAAGUGAUUCUCAUGCAGAAGUUCUUGCUAGACGUGCCUUUUUGCGAUAUUUAUAUGGGCAGCUUGAUUUAUUGCUCAACGGUGCUAAAAGCGAUGUUUUCGUAAUUGAUGAUGAGAAAAAAAUUAAAUUAAUCGAUGGAAUAUCGUUUCAUUUUUUUACAAGUCAAACUCCUUGUGGUGAUUGUUCUAUAUUUUUGAAAGAAGAAUUUUCCGAAAAUGAUAUACCUUUAACGAAAAUUAGAAAAUACGAUUAUAGCAAUGAAGGAAAAGUAAUUAUAGGGUUAAAUAAUGAUAACAAAGAGAAAGAAAUAAUUAAGGACAUAUAUAGAACUGGUGCAAAAUGUGUUAAAUUCGAAAAGUUUCAAGAUGCGCAUCUACCCGGAGUAAACUAUCACGUAAUUGGACCGCUGCGUACUAAACCAGGAAGGGGCAAUCCUACUCUCAGUUUGUCUUGUUCAGAUAAAAUGGCAAAAUGGCAUAUUCUCGGAGUACAAGGUUCGCUAUUAUCAAUAUUGAUACCUCCAAUAAAAAUUGAAACUAUCGUAGUUGGGGGCAAUUCGCCGUUUUCUUUAGAGGCGAUGGAGCGUGGAUUAUAUAAACGAUUUAAUGAAAAAAAAAAUAAUUUAAAUAUUAUACAAAGUAAACUUUCUUUUAAACAACUAAAAAAUGAUGAGAGAAAGCAUCCAUGUUCAUCAAGCAUAAUAUGGUGUGCUGUAAGAAAUCGAGAUACAGAAAUAGCAGUUGAGGGUAGAAAGCAAGGAGCCACAAGAAAAAAGAAGGGUAGCUAUUUACUUGUAACGAGACGAGUUUUUUUUGAAACUUUCUUACGAAUUUGUGAUAGGUACCAGAAUUUAGAAUGUAAUACAAGACAUCCCAAAAAAAUGACUUAUCUAGAUUGUAAAAAGUGGUCUAAGGAUUACCAAAAUUUAUGGAAUACACUGAAAUCAGGGUCUUUCCAUGCUUGGCCUUCUAAACCAAUUCGACUACAAACAUUUGUAUUAUGA